AUAAAAAAUAGUUUAAUUAAUUCCUUAAUUAUAGAGAUAACCAUAUUAACAAUAUAAUCCAUCUGAAUAGCUCUUUCUUCUUAAUUAAGCAAAAGAAUAAAUUUUCAUCUUCUCCUCCGAUCUCUUUCCGCUCAAAACGACGAUUCAUCGUCCCAACCCAAGGCGGAGCUCCGCCUCUUCCAACCGCAGAUCCGAUCUGUAUUCAUUUGCCAAAAACCCAAGUUUUGCACAUAUGCAUGUUUCCUUGAUUUUCAUGUGCCGUAAAUAAACACAGGACCCGACCCGACCCGGCCCGACCCGAGAGAGCGGCUGGAUAAGUACACCAUAAAAAAGAAAAAGAGUAGCAAUCUCCUGCUUUCAGAAUUUACUACAACCGGUUUCGGAACCAGUUGCAGAGAAAUGUAGAGUUUUCAAUAGCAGCAGAUUCCCCCCUCCCUCUUCUUCUCGAUUCGAUGGUUGACACGUCGUCGUUUUUAGCACGUUUACGUGGCGCAUGGUUAUACAACUCCCGGAGCUAAAUAGUUGGUUGAUUCGAUCUGAUUCUGCACAAAGCUUUCUUCUUCCUCCCUCAGCUGCCAUCUUUUUCUUCUUAAGAAAACCCCCAAAUCACAGAAUUCGUUGCUCUCAGUUGUUUUUUUGAUACGAUUUUGUUUGAUAGAAUUCGAAUUCACAGUAUUUUCGAAUAUAUAUAUAUAUACACGUAAUUUGUAGUUUAAUUCAGUAAUGGCAUUGUUUCGGAAAUUGUUCUACCGAAAGCCGCCUGAUGGACUUCUAGAGAUCUGCGAGAGGGUUUAUGUGUUCGACUGUUGUUUUACGACCGACGCUUUGGGUGAACAAGAUUACAAGGGCUAUGUGGGAGGCAUAGUCUCUCAACUUAGAGAGCACUACCCCGAUGCUUCGAUCCUUGCUUUCAAUUUCCGGGAGGGGGAGAAACAGAGCCAGAUGGCGAAUGCUCUGACAGAACACGAUAUGACAAUAAUGGAGUACCCUCGUCAAUACGAAGGCUGCCCGCUUCUUCCGAUGGAGGUCAUUCACCAUUUCUUGAGAUCCAGUGAGAGCUGGCUUUCACUCGGGCUGCAAAAUCUGCUUCUCAUGCACUGUGAAAGGGGCGGCUGGCCGGUUUUGGCUUUCAUGCUGGCGACAUUGCUAAUCUACAGGCGGCACUACAGUGGGGAGUUUAAGACAUUGGACAUGGUGUACAAGCAAGCACCUCGUGAGCUUCUGCACUUGUUGUCAUCUCUCAAUCCUAUUCCUUCUCAGAUAAGGUACUUACAGUAUGUGUCGAGGAGGAAUGUUGCCUCGGAGUGGCCCCCGUUGGACAGGGCUCUCACUAUGGACUGUGUCAUUAUUAGGAUGAUACCUAAUUUCGAUGGAGAUGGUGGAUGCAGACCGAUAUUUCGUAUCUACGGACAAGAUCCUUUCCUCGUCUCUGACCGUACGCCCAAGGUUCUGUUUUCGACUCCAAAGAAAAGUAGAGUUGUUCGCCACUACAAGCAGACAGAAUGUGAAAUAAUAAAGUUCGAUAUCAAUUGCCACAUUCAAGGUGAUGUUGUACUGGAGUGUAUCAGUUUGCAUGACGACGCAGAGCGAGAAGAGAUGAUGUUUCGAGUCAUGUUCAACACAGCUUUUAUCAGGUCAAAUAUUUUAAUGCUCAAUCGGGAUGAAAUCGACAUACUGUGGGAUGGGAAGGAUCUAUUUCCCAAGGACUUCAGGGCAGAAGUUCUUUUUUCGGAGAUGGACACUGCUUCUUCUAUAGUUCCUGUGGACAUUUCCUGCUUUGAGGAGAAGGAUGGCCUUCCGGUCGAGGCAUUUGCUAAAGUUCAGGAAAUGUUUAGUAGUGUGGAUUGGUUAGUACCAAAAGGAGAUGCUGCAGUCGAAGUUUUCCAACACCUGACUGCAUCAAAUGCAAUUAUCGAAGCUUAUACUCAUGCAGAAAAGUCUGAGUUGAAUCAUAGUUUUGAGACACUAGAACUUAAAUCAGAAUCUUCCCCGAAUGCAGAUAUGGGUGAUAAGCAGGUUAAGUAUGGUGAAAUUGAGGCAAAUAUAUCUCCAGAGAGAAGAAUAAUUGCUCCUUUCGAUCAUUCACCGCCCUCAUCAACUUCACCGCCUUAUCAACUUUCAACUGCAAAAAAUCUUCAUUUCUCACCCGAACAAGAGUCUGACGUAGAUGUGCACCGAAGUAUGCCUAAGAAGGUUUUUCUUCAAAGUGAAGCUGAGACAUCAACAUUUAAUCAAUUUUCACCUUUGAAGGAUAAUGUAUGUGUUCAAAGUACUUCUACUCCCCCUUUGAAUGAUCAGAGUACAAUUGAGGCUCGUAUAUCUUCUCCGUCAGCAGAUAGUCCUCGGAGCAAUGAUAGAGUCGUCAAGGAUGCACCUCCUAAAUCCGAACAUCCUCCUUCAAUAUUUUCUUCAACGAAAGAUGUGGUUGAAGGCAGUAGAGUUGCUCCACCUCCACCUCCACCUCCACCUCCACCACCACCUCCAUCUCCAUCUCCACCACCUCCAACUCUUUCUUCAUCAAUGAUGGAUGUAGGAAGAUUUGCCACAUCUGGAUUGUUGAUUCCUUCAAAAGUUGUGUUGUCAGAUCCAAAUGCUUAUCAAUCUAGCGGAUCACCUACAUCUCAUCUUUCUUCUCCCGGAACACAUGUUACUCAUAAAACUGCGUCUUUUGCGCCUCCUCUGCAAAAUCUGUAUGAGAGUCCUGCUAAAGAGGAUUCAACUGCUGCAUGUAGUCGACCUGCACCUGCACCUGCAGUUAAGACCUCACCUCCAUCGAUCUUUACCCCACAUUUGACAGAUAGUUCAGCUGAUAGACCUUCACCUUCUCAACCUCCACCCGCACCCCCUCCCCCACCCGCACCUCUUCUAAUGUAUCCUUCUCAACCUCCACCUCCACCCCCACCCCCACCUCUUCUAAUGUGUCCUAACGAGAGUCCAUCUGUUGUUGGAGGAAGGCCUCAUCUUUCAACACCUCCACCACCACCGCCCCCUCCAGUUUCACCUUUAAGGAAUAAUUUGGUCGAUCAACAUGUUUCACCUCCACCUCCACCUCCUCUAGAGCCUCCUAAGGAAAGAUCUAGUGGACAAGAGCCGCCUCUUCUUCCAGCUCCUCCGAAUUUCAGCCAUGGUGCAUCUUCAGUCACCGGACCUGCUCCACCUCCACCUCCUCCAGAGCCUCCUAAAGAUAGGUCCGGAGGAGGAGGACCCCCUCCCACUCAACCUAUUCCACGUUCAGACUAUGGUCCACCUUCAGUCACCAGAUCUGACCCGCGUCCACCUCCACCCCUACCUCCUCCACAGCCUCCUAAGGAGGGGUCAAGUGGAGGUCCCCCUCCUCCUCCUCCACCUCCUAUGAGUUCUGCGCCGAGUGCAGGACCCACGAAUAGGUCAGCACCACCCCCGCCUCCUGCCCCUGCUCCGCCUCCUACUCCCGCUCCGCUUUCUGCCCCUGCUCCCGCUCCGCCUUCUGCCCCUGCUCCGCCUCCUGCCCCUGCUCCGCCUCCUGCUCCCGCUCCGCCUUCUGCCCCUGCUCCGCCUUCUGCCCCUGCUCCGCCUCCUGCACCUGCCCCGCCGCCUGGUGCCAAUACAAGAAAUCCUCCUUCGGUUCCUUCAGCACCUCCUCCCCCACCGCAUUCCCCUAAAGGUCCUGCUGGUUUGUCAAAUUCUGUUUCAUCAUCUCCUCCACCACCUAUGGCACCACCGGGAACAAAAGGGAGGAGUUUAUUAUCUCGAACCGCACCUUCAAGGAAUAACCAGUCAAAGAAAUUAAAGCCGUUGCACUGGUUAAAAAUAUCAAGAGCAGUAUCGGAGCUGUGGGCAGAUGCACAGAAAUCUGGUGAAGCUUCUAAGGCACCAGAGAUUGAUAUUUCGGAACUUGAAUCUCUCUUCUCAGCUGCAGUUCCACAUCCAGAUCAAGCGGGUUCAGGCAGAAUGGGUUCACGGGGCUCGAUGGGGCAAAAACCUGAAAAAGUGCAACUGAUAGAACACAGGCGUGCAUACAAUUGUGAGAUUAUGCUUUCAAAAGUGAAGAUACCCUUGCAUGACAUGCUGAGUUCAGUACUUGCCUUGGAGGACUCGGCAUUAGAUGUUGACCAGGUUGAUAACCUAAUCAAGUUUUGCCCAACAAAAGAGGAGAUGGAAGUGCUUAAGGGUUAUAAAGGAGAGAAAGAUAAAUUAGGAAAAUGCGAACAGUUCUUUUUGGAGUUGAUGCAAGUGCCACGAAUAGAAUAUAAGUUGAGGGUGUUUUCGUUCAAGAUUCAGUUUCGCACCCAGGUUACUGACCUCAGAAAUAGUUUGAAUAUUGUAAAUUCUGCUGCAGAUCAGAUUAAGGGUUCUGCCAAGUUGAAAAGAAUUAUGCAGACAAUUCUUUCUCUCGGUAAUGCCUUGAACCAGGGUACAGCAAGAGGUUCUGCUGUUGGGUUCAGGUUGGAUAGCCUCCUUAAACUUACUGAGACUCGUGCUCGGAACAACAAGAUGACACUGAUGCAUUAUCUUUGCAAGGUGCUCUCUGAUAAAUUACCGGAGCUUCUUGAUUUCUGGAAAGAUCUUUCUAGCUUGGAACCUGCAUUGAAGAUACAACUGAAAUAUUUGGCCGAGGAAAUGCAAGCAAUAAACAAAGGACUCGAGAAAGUUAUGCAGGAGUUAUCCAUGUCUGAAAGUGACGGACCUGUGUCUGAACUGUUUUGCAAGGCGUUGAAGGAGUUCCUUUGUUUUUCUGAAGGUGAAGUAAGGUCACUGGCUUCACUUUAUGCAGGAGUGGGUCGGAAUGUAGAUUCUUUGAUCCUUUAUUUCGGAGAAGACCCAUCACGUUGCCCAUUUGAGCAAGUCAUUUCGACGCUGCUAAAUUUUGUAAAAAUGUUCAAAAGAUGCCACGAGGAGAACUGCAAGCAACUGGAGUUUGAGAGAAAGAAGGCAGAGAAGGAAGCUUCUGAAAAGUUGAAGAUGAAUGCUUCUGACGCUGCGCAACACUUGCUCCAAUCUCAAGUUAGAAGCGUCAAAUAAUUAAAGUAGAAUGUCAAAUUCGAACUCAGGUUAUAUAUAAAUAUCUAUAUAUAACUCUAUUUAGGAAACCGCACGAAAGAAAUCCUAAAUUAGGCCAAGUGUCGUAGAAUUGUAGAAGAAAACUUUAUAUGGGAGACUCCAAUUUUGUUCACGGUGGAUUCUUGUAUAUAUUUUUUUCUUAGGAAGAUAGUGACAGGUGAGAUAUCUUUCCUUAGCUUGUCCUUCUUUGAUUUAGUUUGACGAUCUUGUUACUUUGUACAGUCGAAAUCCAAGUUCUAGAGCAGCCAUAUAUAGGUUUUUUUUUUGCAUUUUCCGAGCAAAUGAAUAACCGUAAUAGUCCAGAUUUCUGGUAUUUAAUAAAAAUUUGUUCGAUUGCAUUCC